UGCGGAUUCACUCUUGUUGCUGAGCUGCUUGCACCAUCUGCUAUCGCUGCUGAUUUACUUACCUCCCAAGUCACUUAAGAGGAAUGGAUGGGUUCUGAAUGAGUUUUGCUGCUGCCCCUCUCUGCAUGGGAUGGGGCGGUAAGAAGAGAGAUCCCCAUUAAUUAUUGACUUGCAGCGAGCGAGAAGGCUUCAGGGAGAAAUGGUCAAUGCAUGGUUUGCUGAGAGAGUUCAUACCAUCCCGGUCUGCAAGGAAGGAACCAAAAACCACAGUGAAGAUUGCUCUUGUCCUGCUCAUCAGACUACCCGAGCUGAGAGCCCCAACCCUGGGACACCAGCAAGGAAAAUCUCUGCUUCUGAAUUUGACAGGCCUCUAAGGCCCAUCAUUGUCAAGGAUUCUGUUGGAACCGUGAGUUUCCUUUCUGGCUCUGGAAAAAAGGAACAGAUGCCUCUGCAAUCUACAAGGAUUGGGACUGAUGCAGGGGAUCAGUGCUCAAGACUCUUAGAACUAGUGAAAGAUAUUUCCAGUCACUUGGACGUCACAGCCCUUUGCCACAAAAUUUUCCUGCACAUCCAUGAGCUCAUAGCUGCUGACCGUUAUUCCCUUUUCCUGGUCUGUGAGGAUAGCUCCAAUGAGAAGUUUCUUAUCAGCAGGCUGUUUGAUGUUGCAGAAGGUUCCACCUUGGAAGAAGCUUCAAACAACUGCAUUCGCUUGGAAUGGAACAAGGGGAUUGUGGGACAUGUAGCAGCUUUGGGCCAGCCUUUGAACAUCAAGAAUGCAUAUGAGGAUCCCCGAUUCAAUGCAGAAGUUGACCAAAUCACAGGAUACAAGACUCAGAGUAUUCUUUGUAUGCCAAUAAAGAACCACAGGGAAGAGGUUGUUGGCGUGGCUCAAGCUAUCAAUAAGAAAUCUGGAAUUGGUGGGAUAUUCACAGAGCAAGAUGAAAAGGAUUUUGCUGCUUAUCUGGCAUUUUGUGGAAUCGUUCUUCACAAUGCUCAGCUAUAUGAAACAUCACUGCUUGAAAACAGGCGUAACCAGGUGCUUCUUGAUCUUGCUAGCUUGAUUUUUGAAGAGCAACAAUCUUUGGAAGUAAUUUUGAAGAAGAUAGCUGCAACUAUAAUCUCCUUCAUGCAGGUGCAGAGGUGCACCAUUUUCAUAGUAGAUGAAGAUUGCACUGAUUCAUUUUCUAGUGUGUUUCACAUGGAGUUUGAGGAAUUAGACGAUUCAGCUGAUGUCCUGAAGAGGGACUAUGAUGCAAACAAAAUAAAUUAUAUGUAUGCUCAGUAUGUCAAGAAUACCAUGGAGCCUCUUAAUAUACCAGAUGUCUGCAAAGACAGAAGAUUUCCAUGGACAAAUGAAAAUGCAGAAAAUCUAAACCAGCACAUAAAAAGUUUGCUUUGUACACCAAUAAAAAAUGGGAAGAAGAAUAAAGUGAUAGGGGUUUGUCAGCUUGUAAAUAAGAUGGAAGAAAACUUGGGCAAAAUCAAGGCUUUCAACAGAAAUGAUGAACAGUUUCUGGAAGCCUUUGUCAUCUUUUGUGGCUUGGGGAUCCAGAAUACACAGAUGUAUGAAGUUGUGGAGAGAGCCAUGGCCAAGCAGAUGGUGACAUUAGAGGUCCUCUCAUAUCACGCUUCAGCCACUGAGGAGGAAACAAGGGAGCUGCAGGUAACAGCGACGGCUGUUGUACCAUCUGCACAAUCUCUCAAGCUAACUGACUUCUACUUCAGUGACUUUGAGCUUUCCGAUAUGGAGACAACACUGUGUUCAAUUCGAAUGUUCACUGAUCUCAACCUGGUGCAGAAUUUCCAAAUGAAACAUGAGGUUCUUUGCAGAUGGAUUUUGAGUGUGAAGAAAAAUUAUCGAAAAAAUGUUGCAUAUCACAAUUGGAGACAUGCCUUUAACACAGCCCAAUGUAUGUUUGCUGCUUUAAAAUCGGGUAAACUUCAGAACAAGCUGACUGACCUAGAGAUACUUGCUUUGCUGAUAGCAGCCCUAAGCCAUGAUUUGGAUCACAGAGGGGUGAAUAACUCUUAUAUACAGAGAAGCGAACAUCCACUGGCUCAACUCUAUUGCCACUCAAUUAUGGAGCAUCACCAUUUUGAUCAGUGCCUGAUGAUCCUGAAUAGUCCGGGAAACCAGAUUCUCAGCAACCUUUCCAUUGAAGAAUACAAGGCCACACUGAAAAUGAUAAAACAAGCCAUUCUUGCCACAGAUUUAGCACUGUACUUUAAGAGAAGGGGAGAGUUUUUUGAACUUCUACGAAAGAAGCAAUUUAACUGGGAAGAUCCUCUGCAGAAGGAGCUAUUUUUAGCAAUGCUGAUGACUGCUUGUGAUUUGUCAGCAAUAACAAAGCCAUGGCCAAUUCAACAACGGAUAGCUGAACUUGUAGCUACAGAAUUUUUUGACCAAGGAGAUAAGGAGAGAAAGGAACUCAACAUAGAACCAACAGAUCUAAUGAACAGAGAGAAGAAAAAUAAAAUUCCCAGCAUGCAAGUUGGAUUCAUAGAUGCCAUUUGUUUACAACUCUAUGAGGCCCUGACACAUGUCUCAGAAGCCUGCUACCCUUUACUGGAUGGCUGUAGAAAGAAUAGGCAGAAGUGGCAAUCCUUAGCUGAACAGCAAGAGAAGAAUCUGAUUAAUGGAGAAAACAAUCAGCCCAAGCGGAACUGAGAUUCUGAUUUAGCAAAUACAAGUUUGAGUUUACUCAGAAGAUACAGUAAUUUGGGGAUACUAUAUUUUGCUAUACACUGUAGGGAUUUGGUUUAUUCUUUGCCACUACUGUAUUUAAAAAUAUAUAUAUGUGUAUUUCCCCUGCCAUUAAAAGCAUAGCAUGACCAUUUUUAUGUGAAUGAUGUAUAAUGAUUGUAUAUUUCUUAGAUUUCAUUUAGGUGAGGUAGAAAAAUAGAACUGCAGAGUUAGUUUACUCUGCUCAGUUCUACACAGAGGUACAAGUACAGUUACUGGACUGCCUUUGAAAGCCUUUUACUUUACAGAUGUACAUAGUUGUUUAGUGUUUUGUGAGUGGCCAGUAUCUUAAGGAUUACCAUAUAUGGCACUUUUCUUCCUCUUUUAUUCUUUGUUAUGUAACCAUACGUAAUAAGCAAUGUUGUUUAUUCUCUUGCAAGAAGCCUGGAGGCAAAAAGGAGCUUGGGGAUUAAAAUUCACUCUAAAGGCCUAACCCAACAAUUGUUAUGCAGACAAAACUCUUGUUGAAAUCAAUGAGAGUUUCAUUUAUAUGGGAAUGCAGGAUUGGGCCCCAAUUGACAAAGUACAGGGACUUGUGUGCUAUACUGUACCAAUGCCUUAUGAUUUUACAAGAAUGUCUCAACAAAAUAGUCAUACCUUUUUGAGAAGUUUUAAAAAAAUACUGUGAAUUACUAAACAAUCAGGGACCUAAGUGAGAUUUGCAGUGGAAGUGCCAAGAAAUUACACAGAGAUGCGAAAGCUACUCAGUGAGAUGAUACGAUAGCACAACUCACAAGGUAGCUAACAGGCUGUCUGGAAGAAUUUGUAAGACGCAGGGCUGGGAGAAACAGAGAAUGGAUGUGAAGAGAAGUAACUGAGCUAACCAGGAUCACUACUGAGCUGCUGAUAAUAUGUUCAUACUGCAGAUGAGUUGUGUCAGUCUGUUGGUUAUGAUGACAUUAAAGAGAAGGAAAAGCACAGGAGAAUGUGAUUAUGAAAGCGUGUGAUGAAAAAACUGGCUCAUCAAGAAUAUGAUCUGGAAAAGAGGAUGUUUCAGGAGAUUGUUAGUGAGUCUCAUUCAUUAGACUAGUAGCACUAAAAAAAUGACCAUGACCACUUUGAAGGCUUGCUUGAGAUUGCAGAUGUUAACCUUGGAAACUAGAAUGUUUUUAUUUUAAAAAGUGAUUUUUAGCACUUAUUCUACUAGGUACAGUUUUUAACCAGAUGAAGUCUUAAAGCAAUAAGUGAAAGGAAGACUGAAAGCAAAAGCAAGUGAGAAUACUGCAGGGACUUAAAUUUUUUAUUUGAGGCAUAAAAAGCAUUCAGAGACAGUGGAUUUGCAGCAGACAUGGAGGAAAUCUUUUUUUUAACAGAGGAAAUGCCUAAUAAAAAUUCUUUUUAAUAGGCCACUUGGCAUGAAUUCAAGAAAGUGUAUGGACAAGACAAACCCCAAAACACUAAAAUAAAGAGAGAACGAAUGGCCAUGUGUAGCCAUGAUCAGUAGAUUAAAAAUGAGACAGGGGCUCAUAAGACUUCUCAGUAAUGCAGAUACAACAUUUGCUGUGUAGAAACCCACAAAGAUGAUGAUUUUCAUAUCUGUAACAGUAUUUUGUACCAGCAGUAGUGAUGGGCAAACCUCAUAUAUUUCAGAGUGUGCAUUCAGUUUGCCUGAACCAUUUAAGCCCACGCAAUUUUAGUUGGAAACUGCAAGAAAUCUUUUUUCCUCAUGAGAUUUUCAGUACCAUCUGCUUACAGUUAAUCUGGAAACGCUGUGAAAACAGCCUCUGUUUAUCAUCCCUCCUGCUUCUGGUCUUAGAAGGAAUCAAAAGAGACAGAGGCACUCAAAUAUGAAAAAUAAUAGAUAGAGGAAAUGUUAAGUAAAUAUUUCAGAAUCUUCCAAAAUAUUAUUUGAUUCUAGAAAUAAGGAAAUGUAGAGGAGAUUGUUCUUGUUGUUUUCUGCAUCAUUUCAAUCAACCCAGUUAGUAGCAACUGAUUUAACUCUAGUUUAAGAUCCCCUGUGAACGUCACUACAUUAUUAUUGCAGCCAAAUUUUAAAAACAUUUGCCUAUAAAAAAAAUACUUGUUCUAAGCUGUCACUCAAGUUUCCAUAAGUCCAAUGUAUAAUAAUGAACAAUUCUUGGGGUAUUAUGAUAUGCAGUGCUCUAUGUGUAUCGAUGCAUAUAUAAUACGAGGGGUGUGGGUGCGUGUGUGUGUGUGUGUAUGUAUAUAAUAUUUUAUAUAUAGGCACAAACACAGUCAUCACUAUUAAAAACUUGUCAUUGCUCCUUAGAUAAAUAAGAUUACCUCAGGAUGUGCAUAUUCCUGUAUUCUUCUUUUUAUUGUAGGAAUUUGCAUACUGCAGUUACUGAAGUAAAAUUAUUUUCUUAUCUAAGCCAUUUAUUUUAUAUAUAAUAUAUGUGUGGAUAAAAUAUUUAUAGGUUUAUUCUUGCUAGUAUGAUCGAGAGCAAAACUUAUUUGGGGAUGACAACAAAUCUACUAUAGUGAUAAAACUGUUAGUAAUACAACAUUAAUAUUAAGAACCCAACUAUUAUGUAUCUUAUUUGCUGUACUCUGUGUGUGUAUAAUAUAGUUUUUUCAUGGCCUGAUUUAUAUUUUUAAAUAAUGCAAAAGAAUGCUGGAGCCAUAUCUUUGGCAUAACAAACAUGUAAAUAACACAGCCAUAAUUUUUUACUUCCACUGACAAAUAUACACAGUUAUAUAGUAUUUGCAUAUAAUUAAGGUAUACAUACAUCCCCACAAAAUCUCUCCCUGUAGAGGAAAGUAUAUGUUGAAACAAAUGUAGACUUCUAUUCUACCUAAGAUUUUUAUCAAAAUAUUGUCCUAACAUACAUGUAUCUGUAUUUAUUUAUUUAAAAAAAACCACAUAUAAACUCUUUAAAACUAUUAGUUUAGGGCCUUAUGUUUUAUGUAUUUUAGGCAAAUUCAGAGAAUGAUCAGGGCAUUAUAUUGCGUUUCAGUCUGCCUGAUUGCAGUUUUUGUUUCAAGGCUCUAGCAUGGUUGGUUUGUGUGCAGAUAAGAUAUUUUUUCGUCUUUGGUAACAUAGGUGACUAUAUAGGUAAAAUAAUGGUUCUCUGCCUGAAAUACAUUGUACAUGAAGAUGGAAAUUUUCAAAGCCAACUAAUGUAUUUAGCUGCAUAGCUAUCAUUAUUUUCAUCAGGAGUUGUGUCUAAAUGCCUUAGUGAUCUGUGUGCCAAAUGCUGCCCUGAUUUACACCCUGUGCACCCAGUGGUGUCAAUGGGAAUUGUACAAGAUGUAAAUUGGGAUAGAAUUUAAGCCUCUGUUGGCCCAAUCCUACUCCCAUUGGAAUUUUCAAGAAUUUUCACAUUGACAUCUUUGGGAGCAGGAUCGGGCCUUCUGGUUCUUCAUAUUGCUUUGAACCAAGAUACCAAGAAAGACCAGUGCUAAUGUGAGGCCAAAUUUUGCCCUCAGAUGUGCAUGCACACUCCCAUUGAAAUGAAUGGAAAAUGUGUUCUCAGAUCCCAGGGCAAAAUUUAGUCCCUUAAUAAAGACUAUUCUUCUUUUUUUCCCCUUUAAAAAAAAUAUUGUAUCACUUAACAUUUACCUAAAGAGUGAGUGAUCCUACUCUUCUCCUUAAAAAAAGAGGGAGGAUCUUAAACAGGAAUAAUAAAACCAUCUAUUCAGCCAGUUACCAUCUCUGUAAUACAGUAUUGUAGAACAAACAGGCUUCCUAUUAUUUCGCAUCCAGUAAAAGAGCAAAAGGAAAAUCACGCAAUAUAUUCUUAAUAGCUACUUAUAUGUAUUGUUGAUUAUAAAUCAAUAACAUCUUGUCAACCAGUCAGUCUCUAAUGUCUCCCAGCAGUCUGAAGUUAAGUGGGUCACCACAUGCUGCUUUCAGAUGGUGGGGAUGCUGACAGGAUAUUGAUUGUGAGUUCUUUCUGUCUGUGAAACAUUCAAUAGUAGCAAGGCUGUCUCUCUACAACAACGAGUUUGAUUUUUCAGAAGCCUACUUUUGCCUUGUGCACAUGCAACCCAAGUGCAUGCAAAAGUGAGUUUUUGAAAAUCCAGCCCAAUGUAUUUCAUUUGGGGGUGGCUCUGAGAUGCCACAUUCAGGUGUGGAAUCUAAUCCAGAUCUAAGAUUCUUUAGUUUCAGGGGCAUUUGGUCCCAGUAUUCUGGUUCAGCCCAUUAGAGAAGCCUGAAGUCAGGUAGGUCAAAUCUAGAUCCUAAAAGUUUAUGGGGUGCUGAACCAGUGUGUUGGUUUGAUCUCAUAGCAAUUGUAAACCAGAAUCAAAGCAGAGUGCUGACUCAUGCAAAUGAUUCAUAAUAAAUUAUGAAGCUGUAAGGGAGUAUCUCUUAAAGGCCUGAUCCUGUGGGUAGAAAUUUCAUUAGCUUUAACUGGGAGUUUGGCCUGUGUGAGGGUUGUAGAAUAGGCCCCUCCAUGACUAAUCACAUGCAGUCUACAUUCCAUAAGCACUCUGCUAUUUCUACAAUAUCCCUGGUCUGGAACAAUCACUCUCAUAAGAACUCUCCAGACCCCUGCAUUGCUUUAAAAGAUGGGUCUGAGCUUUUUUGUUCGGACACUCAUAGAAAUGAAAGCCAUCAUCUGAGUCAGGUCUGAAUAUUCGUGACAUUUUACUAGAUACAGCAAAUUAUGAGAUCAAGCUAUUUCUAUGUUCAGCAUUGCUAGCUGAAGGAAAAUUGUGUGGAAAGGCUUGUUUUCCACAGAGAGGUUGGUUUCCAUGGAGAAAUUCAUAUCUAAGCACCAUUUGUAAAUGUAUAUUAAUAAAGUGUGCUAACCAGUAGCUGGCUUCUGCUAACUGCUGCACCAUGAGCUCGUCCAUUCCAUGAUAUAGGGUCUCUGAUCAAAUGCCCACUUGAAGUCAAUGGAAUGAUUCCCAUUAACUUCAGUGGAAGCUGGAUUGGGCCCCAUAGAGAGCUGCGGAGCGGGCCAAAUUUAUCUUUAUUCUUGCCUAUACCUAUAAAGACCCUGGACCAAAUUCUUGCCCUCAGUGACACCUGCACAGUCUAUAGUUCAUUCAGCCAGCCCCCACUGACUUCAAUGGUACCACACAGGUGUAACUGAAGUUAGAAUUUGAGCCUUCUGUGUAUAAACAUGAUAGACACAUGCACGUGUCUGUUAAAGAAUGUAGUGUGAAAAGCACUGUACAUAGUUUAAAAAUAAAUUUCUAUUAUAGUUUAAUAAAAGGAAUCGUAAUGAACUGUCACUUGCCACUGAGUAUGUCUAUUUGUAUUCUUCUACCUUUUCAAACAUUUUAACAAAUAUAUAGUUUCUGGGCACAGUAUUUUUGUACUAGGCUAACAAGGUUACUAUGUAUAUUAUGUUCAGCUUUUAAGUAGUAUUAAAGUCUUUUGAAUGUUGAUUUGUUCUUGCUUCUUCAAUUUUCCCUACUACAUAGUUAUUCAGUACAACUCUCUUAAGUUUGUUAAGAGAAUUGUUUGUCCUAGUUACUGUAUAGUUGAUAAAAGAAAGAAUAUACAGCUAGGUAAUUUUCUAUGAUCAAACUGCUAUUCAACUACUUAUUUCCUCAUUCUCUUUGUAUUGUUUUUCAUGCUUUGUAAAAUAAAAAAAGGAAGAUGUCAA